GCGGUCAUCCGUCAGGUCAGGGUCAGCAGCAUUCUCCCUUCCAAAUGCCGUCCUCCCCGUGGCCUCCCGCUGCCGGAGCGCCGCCGCCGCAGCAGCGAGCGGCGCAGGGCACGGUCUCCACCGUGGCGCCGGAGCGUCUACCCGUCGAGGGUUCCCGAUCUGGGCCAGCGAAGGAGGAGGACACGGCUCGGCUUCCGUCUGUCGACUACUACUCAGAGCUAAAGACCCUGGAGCAUGCAGAGAAAACCAAAAAAUAUCAGGGUAAGCUUGCAGCACGGUUGAAGGCCAAAUAUUUUUCCAACAAGACUUUUGAAGAAGGAUAUGUGUUUGAAGAAAUUGUUAUAGAAUCAAAGACCGUCCGGUUAAGCAGGUGGCCGUUUACAAGGUUGUUUGCAGAUCCAGCAAGAUUUUGCCGAGAAAAGAGCUCUACUGAGAAGGGCAUUUCUCGACCUCUGGCUGGUGAAGCCAUGCCAGAUGACUAGGCACCUCAUUAAUAUCUGACUCCUGGCAUGUGGCAACUAUCCAUCAUGACCACCCGACAGAUAAGAACCAUAGUUUGCGUCACUAACCUGUAUCUGUUAUCCUUAAAAUCAGUGACCUGGAGCUUGUAUAUUUUCAACAGGCCAAAGUUAAAACCUUAUCCAGUUUUGAACC